AUGCUGUGGGGGAUCGUCGUGAUGCUUGCAUGUCCCGUUUGGGCAGGGCUUGCCAUCGACUUCUCCCAGCUCGAGCCAGUCACUGAGAGUAAACUCGAGGAGCAACACGCCCAUCUGCUGCAGCAUCUCCAGCGGUCCAGUGGGAAGUGGGACUCAACUCGCCAGAAGAGUCACCAACUGGGGGAUCGGACCAGCGUAUCGCAGGCAAUGAAGCAUUUUGUGCGUGACUGGGCAGAUGAAGGGCACGAGGAACGACAGCAGGCAUUUCCGUGUAUCUUGAAUUCCUGGAACAGAUACCACAGACGAGUGGGCAUUCUCUGCGAGUGCUGGUGCCGGGAGCAGGGCUAG